GUUAAAAUAGCGAUUAGUCGCAGUUCUUGCGAUAUCGUCCAUUUUCUUUUGGCCAUUUUACGUACGAUCGCGGUAUUGUGCGUUGCACUUGUUUUUGUAUUACAAUUAAAAAAAACCUAAAUCUUUUAAAUUAUAUAUAAAUCGUUAUAAACCGUACGUUUUAUAAUCCUAAAAUAGUUCUUUCGACUCGCGUAUAAUUUAUUUGUCGUGUGCUAAUGCGUGGAAUUUCAGAAAAUUCUCCAACUCGCGCAAUGGCGGAGGAAUUGGAUGUCGAAGCGAUGCUGGAAGCACCAUAUAGAAAAGGGAUGGAGCAGGACUCCUCCUCCAAAGACAAGUCCUCCAAGGAAAAUGAGUCUAGUCGCAAAUCAUCUGGAAAGAGCAAACAUCGGUCUCGUUCCCGUUCACGAUCUCGCGAUCGUCGAGAUAAAGACCGCCGUGAUCGUGACAGAGACAGGGACAGGGACAGGGAUAGGGAUAGAGACAGGGAUAGAGACAGGGAUCGCGAGAGAGACCGGGAUAGAGAUCGUGAUCGCGAUCGCGAACGCAGGCGAAGAUCGCGAUCGAGAGACCGACGUGAUCGUGACAGAGACAGAGAUGGAGAUAGAGACCGAGAUCGAAGAGACAGAGAUAGAAGAAGAAAAAGAUCUCUUACACCAAUUACUUUACCUAGGGCUCGACCUCCUUUUGGUAAAGGUGUUAGUCCUCUUGGAAUCAGAAACGAUGAGUUGACGCCUGAAGAACGAGAUGCCCGUACAGUAUUCUGUAUGCAACUUAGUCAACGAAUACGUGCACGUGACUUGGAAGAAUUUUUCUCUAGUGUUGGGAAAGUUCAAGAUGUCAGACUCAUUACAUGUAACAAAACGAGAAGAUUCAAAGGGAUUGCGUAUGUUGAAUUCAAAGAUCCUGAGAGCGUUACACUCGCGCUUGGACUAUCAGGCCAAAAGUUACUUGGUGUUCCUAUAGUAGUACAACACACUCAAGCAGAGAAGAAUCGCAUGGGUAAUUCUAUGCCAAAUUUAAUGCCUAAAGGGCAGACAGGACCUAUGAGAUUAUAUGUAGGUUCUCUUCAUUUUAAUAUCACUGAAGAAAUGCUUCGUGGUAUUUUUGAACCAUUCGGAAAAAUUGAUAAUAUCCAAUUAAUUAUGGAUCCUGAAACUGGUAGAAGUAAAGGUUAUGGCUUUUUGACAUUUAGGAAUGCAGAUGAUGCUAAGAAAGCCUUAGAACAAUUAAAUGGUUUCGAAUUAGCUGGUCGACCAAUGAAAGUUGGAAAUGUUACGGAACGUACAGAUUUAAUACAGGGUCCUUCACUUUUAGAUACAGAUGAAUUGGAUCGAAGUGGUAUUGACCUUGGUGCAACUGGCAGAUUACAAUUGAUGUUCAAAUUGGCCGAAGGUACGGGUCUUGAGAUUCCUCCUGCAGCAGCAAAUGCUUUAAAUAUGGCACCUGUAAUCUCUGCUCCACCACCACCACCACAAGCUGCUCCACCAAUUGCGACACAGUGUUUUAUGCUUUCAAAUAUGUUUGAUCCUCAAAACGAAACAAAUCCAAAUUGGGCAAAAGAAAUACGUGAUGAUGUAAUAGAAGAAUGCAAUAAGCAUGGCGGUGUAUUACACGUAUAUGUAGAUCAAGCGUCUCCACAAGGAAAUGUUUAUGUCAAAUGUCCAUCAAUAGCAACGGCAGUUGCUGCAGUCAAUUCAUUACAUGGUCGAUGGUUUGCUGGUCGAGUUAUAACCGCUGCUUAUGUACCAGUUGUAAAUUAUCAUUCUCUCUUCCCAGAUGCUAUGACUGCUAUCCAAUUAUUGGUCCCAACCGCACCUCGACGAGGAAUAUGAUCUCAAAUGAAUCAGACCAUUUAAAAUGUUGUACAUUUUUUGUAGCAUUACAAUGAUUGUGCUGGUAUUCUUCUCCUUUUCCUCUUUUCCUUAAAAAAAGAAAAAAAAAAGAAAACAAACAAACAAAAACAAAAAAUGUUUUUUAAUAUUCUUAAGUAUAUUAAAUUAAGUAUCAUUUGUGUUUAAUUGUAUAAUAUUUUUGUGCACAACUAUUUCUCAUAUUUUAGAAAAUCACAUUAUAUAAGGGCCCUUUUCUUCAUUUAUUCUCUUUAUUUUGUUACUAGCAGCAGCUGUGUACAGAGUAAUAGGAUCUUAUACAAAACUUGUACGUAUUAUUGCGUUAAUCUGGAAAUAUAGCAUUUAAAUUUAAAACUCAA